UUUAUCUGCUGGGGUCUUGGGCUGGACUGGUCAACCAUAUGAGUGCAAUUUGAACACACACAAGACACCCAAACAAGGAGUCCUGCACUUCCCUGCGUCUCUCGCUACCUCCUCCCCAGAGAGUCUGCAUGUCCGAGGCGCAAACAUGCCCAGCUUUGUGGAUGUAGGACUGCUCAUCUUAGCAGCAGUGAUUUUGGCACGUGCGCAAGACUUUGGCAAUUGUGAACAGGAUGGCCAGACAUUCAACGACAGGGACGUCUGGAAGCCAGAGCCUUGCCGGAUCUGUGUGUGCGACCAAGGAGCUGUGAUGUGUGACGAGGUGAUCUGUGACGACUCUGUCGGCUGCUCAGACGCAGUGAUUCCUGACGGUGAAUGCUGUCCCAUCUGCCCCAACGGUCCAGAAUUCACUGAAUACCCAGACAUUUUUGAGAAGGAGGAUGAUUAUGAUCAGACUACACUACCCCCUGAUAAUGGAGUUAAACCAUCUCCUGAUAACGGAAUUUUUGAGAAAGAGGAUUAUGAUCAGACUACACUACCCCCUGAUAAUGGAGUUAAACCACCUCCUGAUAACGGAGUUAAACCUCCUCCUGAUAACGGAGGGACAAGGCCGGGACCAAAGGGUAGUCCUGGUCCCCCUGGGCGUCCUGGUUAUGAUGGACAUCCUGGUCCUGAUGGCCCCCCUGGCCCUCCUGGCUACCCUGGACCCUCUGGAGAUAUGUUUGAUGGAUACUACGCUGCCCAGUACGAGAAGUCCGCAGGUGAUGGGAAAUAUGGAGGUGGCAAGAGUGGUGGAGGGGGUUAUGGCAAUGUUGGCCCUCCCGGCCCCAGAGGUCCAGCAGGAGAGAAAGGCCCAAAUGGUCGUCGAGGUGCUCAUGGUCCCAUUGGACCUCCUGGCUUGCCUGGUGAACCUGGUGGACCUGGAGCCAUGGGACCGAUGGGUUUACCCGGUCCAAAUGGAAAGAAUGGAGAUGAUGGUUUGGAUGGAAAAACUGGUCGCCCUGGUGACCGUGGUUCACAAGGUCGUAUGGGUGAACGAGGACCCAACGGACUCCCAGGCAUGCCUGGCAUGAAGGGAUACCCAGGCUUCAAUGGUCGAAAUGGUGCCAGAGGAGACCAAGGUCCUCCUGGACCAAAGGGUGAAACUGGACCUGAUGCUGGAGACGGUCGUCCGGGUCCAGUGGGCCUGCCUGGUGAAAAAGGCCAAAGAGGUCGACCAGGUCCAUCUGGUGAGAUAGGUGAGAUGGGCAACAAUGGUCGACCAGGCCCUCAAGGACCUCCUGGAGGUCGAGGUCCGGCAGGACUUAUUGGAUUGAGUGGCUCUACUGGAUUGCCUGGUGAAAAAGGUCCUAAGGGUGGUCGUGGGCCUCCAGGAAAGGCUGGUCAACGAGGUGAGCCAGGUCCCGACGGAGAACAGGGCCGUCCGGGUGUAAUUGGUACUGACGGAACCGAUGGAAUCCCAGGAACUAAAGGAGAUAAAGGGUUUCCAGGGAUUGACGGAGAAAGAGGGAUGGCAGGUGACCGGGGGCAAAAAGGACAUCCAGGCACCGGUGGAGUCCUAGGACCAAAAGGCAGCCGGGGUCUUCCUGGUGAUAUUGGAGAGAAGGGGGGACCUGGUGUGAAGGGGGAUACGGGAAUUCAAGGAGUUGGGGGUCCUCCUGGGACACCUGGCCGUGGUGGACAAAGAGGACCGUCGGGAGUGAAAGGAACACCAGGACCACCGGGACCACGCGGUGAACAGGGGUGGAUGGGCGCACAAGGUCUUCCUGGUGUUGGUGGCACAGCAGGGCCGAAGGGUCUGGCCGGUGGACUUGGCUACAAGGGCCCCAAGGGGGAGGCUGGUCCGAAGGGUGACUCUGGUGUAGAGGGUGGCCCUGGACCGAAGGGGAACAGGGGUCCCAUAGGUGAACCAGGUCCGCCCGGAAGAGAUGGCCACAAAGGUCAGCAGGGUAAAUCUGGAGAAGACGGGCCCCCUGGACAACCAGGUCCUCCUGGACCAAGAGGCUCUAUGGGAGCCGUCGGAGCAAGAGGAUCCCCUGGAGACAAAGGAGUUCCAGGUUCUCCUGGAGAGAAGGGAGUCGAUGGAUCACCGGGUUCAGAUGGGCCUAAAGGGCAGAAAGGUGGUAACGGACCACCAGGCAGUCCUGGUCCACGUGGACUACCAGGGACAAAAGGAGAGCCUGGACCCUCUGGCAUGAUCGGCAUGAUAGGACUCCCCGGUGUCCCAGGCGUCAAAGGAACGAAGGGUGGGAAAGGGCCAGUGGGAGGUCCCGGGAGACCAGGUCCCAAUGGCCCGGCAGGGCAAAAAGGUGAAAGAGGAAACCCUGGAGAGGUUGGUAAUGUCGGUCCAGAUGGACUUCCUGGACACCCAGGAAGGUCCGGGAUCCCUGGGAAAAAAGGCGCCACGGGCGACAUGGGUCUGCACGGUCCACGUGGUGCUUCAGGGAACAUGGGAAUGCAGGGUCUUAAUGGUGAACGUGGUCCUGAUGGCUUGCCCGGCGAUCCAGGGGAUAAAGGGGAGCCAGGAGCCGGUGGUGGGGAUGGUAAAGAUGGUAAAGAUGGAGGUCCUGGACCGAGAGGUCUGUCUGGACUUCCAGGUCCAAAAGGCCCUGCUGGGGAGAAGGGAGAAGCAGGAGGUGCUGGUCCACCUGGAAGACCUGGAGAGCGUGGCUCUGAGGGUGAAUCGGGAGAUGAUGGUCCUCCUGGCCCUCCUGGUAUCCAUGGAAAUAAGGGAAAUGAUGGUCUUGAUGGUGAGAAAGGGGAUAAUGGUGACCCAGGUCCCAAGGGCGAUCCUGGACCUCCUGGAAUUCCAGGUAGCAAAGGAGGUGUUGGUCGGCAGGGUCCCUUAGGUCCUUUUGGACCCAGAGGUGGUACCGGCCCCCCUGGCCCUCAGGGAUCAUCAGGACUACCUGGACCUAUGGGUCCACCGGGACUUCCUGGAAUUGCGGGAGGGCAAGGGGAGGCAGGGCUCCCGGGGAAACCUGGGAAGCCAGGCCCUAAAGGUUUCCUUGGGGCGAGAGGUCCCCCUGGAGUUAGUGGUCCAGGCGGCAAUAUUGGGCCAGCUGGUGAACCCGGUUCUGUCGGAGACCCUGGGAAGGAUGGACCUCCAGGUAAAGAUGGCCCCCCAGGGCCCGGUGGAAUCCUAGGAGGUGGAGGGCCAAUAGGUCUAACAGGCGCCAUAGGCUUAGAUGGCUAUAUGGGAGCCCCUGGAAAAGCUGGACAACCAGGCGGAGUCGGACCAAAAGGCGGCAGAGGGGAAAACGGGCCUCGUGGGCUUAAUGGCCCUUCUGGCCCACAAGGACCCCCAGGAGAGCCAGGCAAGGAGGGAACUCCAGGUAACCAAGGCCCACAAGGUCAACGCGGUGCAUCAGGACAAAAGGGGGACAGAGGAGAGUCAGGGCCAGAGGGACUUCCUGGGCCACCAGGGGGCCCCGGUCCCCAAGGGCCAAUGGGAGGAGACGGCCCUCAGGGAGACAGAGGCCCACCUGGUAAUAAAGGCUCAGACGGGGGUCCUGGAAGACCUGGGCCUGCAGGACCCAUGGGUCCUAUCGGUCCUGCUGGUGAUAAAGGAGAAAAAGGAGCUUCUGGGGACUUUGGCAUCAAAGGACACAAAGGCUUCCCUGGGAUGGCUGGCAUGAUCGGAGCACUGGGGGCCCCGGGAGAGCCUGGUGUGGCAGGAGAGCCAGGCCAGAUAGGACCACCGGGAUACAAUGGUCCCGAUGGAACCCACGGGAAGGAAGGUCCGGAUGGUCUCCCAGGUCCCAUUGGACCACCCGGGAGUAGAGGAAUUAGCGGAGACACGGGACCUCCAGGUCCCCCUGGUCCACCUGGGCAGCCUGGUCCCCCAGGUCCUCCAGGCCCGGGCCAAAUAUGGCGUGGAAAUGGCCCGGCGCCUAUACGGGAAAAGGGCCCAGGGCCCAGGUACUACAGAGAUGAUCCCAACGCUGAGACCAGCAGACCUAACAUGGGCGUGGAGAUCGACUCCAGCUUGGACACUCUGAGCCAGAAGAUCCAGGACAUCCGAAUGCCUGCUGGUAGCCGCGAGAACCCCGCCCUCACGUGUCGGACACUGCGGAAAUACCAGCAAGAGUUGACGAGCGGGCUUUACUGGGUCGACCCCAACCAGGGCUCUCCUCUUGAUGCCAUCAAGGUCUUCUGCAACAUGGAGACUGGCGAUACCUGCGUCUACCCAUCCCAGGCCAGCGUUCCUCAAAAGAACUGGUACAACAGCAAGAACAAGAACAAGAAGCACGUCUGGUUCAGCGAGUCCAUGUCCGAUGGCUUCCAGUUCCAGUAUGGCGAGGAAGGCUCAGAUCCUGAAAGCGUAAACAUCCAGCUGAACUUUAUCCGACUGUUCUCCAAACGAGGCCACCAGAACAUUACCUACCACUGCAAGAACAGCAUCGCCUACAUGGACCAGGCCACCGGCAACCUGAAGAGCGCUCUGCUGCUGCAAGGAUCCACUGACGUCAGCAUCAAAGCCGAGGGCAACAGCCGCUUCACCUACAAGGUCUCCGAAGACGGAUGCAAGGCACAUAGUGGCACAUGGGGAAAGACUGUUAUCCACUUCAAGACAACCAAAAUCGCCCACUUGCCGAUCGUUGACAUCGCUCCUAUGGAUGUUGGUGCUGCAGAUCAGGAAUUCGGUGUGGAUAUUGGUCCAGUGUGCUUCUCCUAAAAUGGAGAAUUUUUGGACUUGGUGCUCGGUUUCGUUUUCAUUUCUUUUUUUUUGUGGAUCUUUUUCUUCAGCCACCCUGUUGCCACUGUUUUUUUGUUUUGUUUGUUUUUUUUGUUAAAUGAGCGAAAGAAGAUAGUUUGUAACUGGACACUGUAAAUUCUAGGCAAUGGCCUUUGAGCAAUUUGUUGUCAUUUGUUCUGUCAAAUGCCAGAGAAACUAGCACAUUAGCACUUCUCAUUUUUAAGAAAUAAAGAGAAGUGAAAGCGA